UACUUCAGAUUCUAACAUUUUAUUCAAGAUAAGAACCGAACAUAUAAAACAGACAAAGCUUACAAUAACUCCAGAUAGUCUUUAGUUGAAAUAGUGCAACGAAAUAUGUUCCGUUUAUUAAUUUUGACAGUUGUGUUAAUCAAUCUGCAAGUUGGGCUUACAACAGCCUCAAACAUAUGUGAAAUUCUUGCAGAUGGAACAAAAUUUCUAGAUCCGGAUGAUUGCCAUGGAUAUUUUGUUUGCCUUAGUGGUCGAAAAUUUCAGCAGUAUUGUGCACCUGGAUGGAAAUUUGAUGAAAAUUCUAAUACAUGUGUAUGGGGGAAAUGUCCAGUAUGCCACAUACAGCCACCAACAACCAUAGUCCCAGAUCAUGUUGAAGCUACAACAGCCAAAGUGACUUUGCCACCUGAAACCACUACUGAGAAUGUUUCUGAGCCAGCACAGACAAAUUCUUCCGAUCAUCCUACAAUAACUGUGACUUCGGACUCACCAAUAGCAGAACAAAGUACUGAAAUUGAAGGGUCAUCCGAAUUAACUACCCCUCCUUCAGUUGAGACAACCGUGUCUUCAGACUCGUCAACAGCAGCACAGAGCACUGAAGGUGCAAGUUCAUCCAGCCCAGCUGACUCGUCUACCAUCACUGAGCCGAUUGAGUCUACAGUGACUUCAGCCCCAUCAACAGCAGCACAGACCACUGAAGGGGCAAGUUCAUCCAGCCCUGCUGAAUCAUCUACCGUCACUGAGCCGAUUGAGUCUACAGUGACUUCAGACUCAUCAACAGCAGCACAGACCACUGAAGGGGCAAGUUCAUCAAGCCCUGCUGAAUCAUCUUCCGUCACUGAGCCUAUUGAGUCUACAGUGACUUCAGACUCAUCAACAGCAGCACAGACCACUGAAGGUGCAAGUUCAUCCAGCCCUGCUGAAUCAUCUACCGUCACUGAGCCGAUUGAGUCUACAGUGACUUCAGACUCAUCAACAGAAGCACAGACCACUGAAGGGGCAAGUUCAUCCAGCCCUGCUGAAUCAUCUACCGUCACUGAGCCGAUUGAAUCUACAGUGACUUCAGACUCAUCAACAGCAGCACAGACCACUGAAGGUGCAAGUUCAUCCAGCCCUGCUGAAUCAUCUACCGUCACUGAGCCGAUUGAAUCUACAGUGACUUCAGACUCAUCAACAGCAGCACAGACCACUGAAGGGGCAAGUUCAUCCAGCCCUGCUGAAUCAUCUACCGUCACUGAGCCGAUUGAGUCUACAGUGACUUCAGACUCAUCAACAGCAGCACAGACCACUGAAGGGGCAAGUUCAUCAAGCCCUGCUGAAUCAUCUACCGUCACUGAGCCUAUUGAGUCUACAGUGACUUCAGACUCAUCAACAGCAGCACAGACCACUGAAGGUGCAAGUUCAUCCAGCCCUGCUGAAUCAUCUACCGUCACUGAGCCGAUUGAAUCUACAGUGACUUCAGACUCAUCAACAGCAGCACAGACCACUGAAGGUGCAAGUUCAUCCAGCCCUGCUGAAUCAUCUACCGUCACUGAGCCGAUUGAGUCUACAGUGACUUCAGACUCAUCAACAGCAGCACAGACCACUGAAGGGGCAAGUUCAUCAAGCCCUGCUGAAUCAUCUACCGUCACUGAGCCUAUUGAGUCUACAGUGACUUCAGACUCAUCAACAGCAGCACAGACCACUGAAGGGGCAAGUUCAUCCAGCCCUGCUGAAUCAUCUACCGUCACUGAGCCUAUUGAGUCUACAGUGACUUCAGACUCAUCAACAGCAGCACAGACCACUGAAGGUGCAAGUUCAUCCAGCCCUGCUGAAUCAUCUACCGUCACUGAGCCGAUUGAGUCUACUGUUACUUCAGCCCCAUCAACAGCAGCACAGACCACUGAAGGGGCAAGUUCAUCCAGCCCUGCUGAAUCAUCUACCAUCACUGAGCCGAUUGAAUCUACAGUGACUUCAGACUCAUCAACAGCAGCACAGACCACUGAAGGGGCAAGUUCAUCCAGCCCUGCUGAAUCAUCUACCGUCACUGAGCCGAUUGAGUCUACUGUUACUUCAGCCCCAUCAACAGCAGCACAGACCACUGAAGGUGCAAGUUCAUUCAGCCCUGCUGAAUCAUCUACCGUCACUGAGCCGAUUGAGUCUACAGUGACUUCAGAUUCAUCAACAGCAGCACAGACCACUGAAGGGGCAAGUUCAUCCAGCCCUGCUGAAUCAUCUACCGUCACUGAGCCGAUUGAGUCUACAGUGACUUCAGACUCAUCAACAGCAGCACAGACCACUGAAGGGGCAAGUUCAUCCAGCCCUGCUGAAUCAUCUACCAUCACUGAGCCGAUUGAGUCUACAGUGACUUCAGACUCAUCAACAACAGAACAGAGUACUGAAGGUGCAAGUUCAUCCAGCCCUGCUGAAUCAUCUACCAUCACUGAGCCGAUUGAAUCUACAGUGACUUCAGACUCAUCAACAACAGAACAGAGUACUGAAGGUGCAAGUUCAUCCAGCCCUGCUGACUCAUCUACCAUCACUGAGCCGAUUGAGUCUACAGUGACUUCAGACUCAUCAACAACAGAACAGAGUACUGAAGGUGCAAGUUCAUCCAGCCCUGCUGACUCAUCUACCAUCACUGAGCCGAUUGAAUCUACAGUGACUUCAGACUCAUCAACAGAAGCACAGACCACUGAAGGGGCAAGUUCAUCCAGCCCUGCUGAAUCAUCUACCGUCACUGAGCCUAUUGAGUCUACAGUGACUUCAGACUCAUCAACAGCAGCACAGACCACUGAAGGGGCAAGUUCAUCCAGCCCUGCUGAAUCAUCUACCGUCACUGAGCCGAUUGAGUCUACAGUGACUUCAGACUCAUCAACAGCAGCACAGACCACUGAAGGGGCAAGUUCAUCCAGCCCUGCUGAAUCAUCUACCGUCACUGAGCCGAUUGAGUCUACUGUUACUUCAGCCCCAUCAACAGCAGCACAGACCACUGAAGGUGCAAGUUCAUCCAGCCCUGCUGAAUCAUCUACCGUCACUGAGCCGAUUGAGUCUACAGUGACUUCAGAUUCAUCAACAGCAGCACAGACCACUGAAGGUGCAAGUUCAUCCAGCCCUGCUGAAUCAUCUACCGUCACUGAGCCGAUUGAGUCUACAGUGACUUCAGACUCAUCAACAGCAGCACAGACCACUGAAGGGGCAAGUUCAUCCAGCCCUGCUGAAUCAUCUACCGUCACUGAGCCGAUUGAGUCUACAGUGACUUCAGAUUCAUCAACAGCAGCACAGACCACUGAAGGUGCAAGUUCAUCCAGCCCUGCUGAAUCAUCUACCGUCACUGAGCCGAUUGAGUCUACAGUGACUUCAGACUCAUCAACAGCAGCACAGACCACUGAAGGGGCAAGUUCAUCCAGCCCUGCUGAAUCAUCUACCGUCACUGAGCCGAUUGAGUCUACAGUGACUUCAGACUCAUCAACAGAAGCACAGACCACUGAAGGUUCAUCCAGCCCAGCUGAAUCAUCUACCGUCACUGAGCCGAUUGAGUCUACAGUGACUUCAGACUCAUCAACAGCAGCACAGAUCACUGAAGGAUCAAGUUCAUCCAGCCCUGCUGACUCAUCUUCUACCACUGAGCCGAUUGAGUCUACAGUGACUUCAGCCCCAUCAACAGCAGCACAGACCACUGAAGGUGCAAGUUCAUCCAGCCCUGCUGACUCAUCUUUCAUCACUGACCCGAUUGAGUCUACAGUGACUCCAGAUUCAUCAACAGCAGCACAGACCACUGAAGGUGCAAGUUCAUCAAGCCCAGUGGAGUCGACUACUGCUGAAUCAGUUGAGUCUACUGUGACUUCAGCCCCAUCGACAGCAGCGCCAAGCACUGGAGGUGCAAGUUCACCCAGCCCAGUGGAGUCGACUUCCGCUGAAUCAGUUGAGUCGACAGUGACUUCAGCCUCAUCAACUGCACAGCAAACCACUGAAGAUUCAAGUUCACACGAAUUAACUACCACUUCUGCGAUUGACACCACUACCGACUCUACAUCAUCAGAGGAAACGUCACCAGAACAAAGUUCGUCAACUUCAGGGCCAACUGAAAUUGUAACCGAAUCUGUUUCUGACUCAACUUCAGAAGUGUCUGCAGAAUCAAGAAUACAAGACCCACAACCCCUUGUCAACUGCAAAAACAUUGCCAAUGGAACCUUCAUUGCUGACCCUGAUCACUGUAGCAGAUUCUGGAUGUGUCAAAACGAAAUUCCUAUUAAAUUCGUUUGUCAAGCAGGCAUGUGGUUCGAUAGUUCUAGAAAAAUCUGUCAAUAUACCAAUUAUGUUGAUUGUCCAGCAAAUGUCGACUAAAACUGACAGCUGUCAGAUCUUGCCUCAUUGCUUGUAAGUCUUACAUUCUCUUGGUGACUUAUCCAAUAAAACUACUGUUUGCACUAUAAGAAAAUAAAAACCGUUUAAAACAAUAUAA